UCAGCGAACUGGGCGCGGGCAACGGUGGCGUGGUCUUCAAAGUCUCACACAAGCCUUCUGGACUCAUUAUGGCCAGGAAGUUGAUUCAUCUCGAGAUCAAGCCGGCAAUUCGCAACCAGAUCAUUCGGGAGCUCCAGGUCCUGCACGAAUGCAACUCCCCUUACAUCGUGGGGUUUUAUGGAGCUUUUUACAGUGACGGCGAGAUCAGCAUCUGCAUGGAGCACAUGGAUGGUGGAUCCUUGGAUCAAGUGUUGAAGAAGGCUGGCAGAAUUCCGGAACAGAUUCUUGGCAAAGUCAGCAUUGCUGUCAUAAAGGGUCUAACGUAUUUGCGAGAAAAGCAUAAGAUCAUGCACAGAGAUGUGAAGCCCUCCAAUAUCUUGGUAAACUCAAGAGGAGAAAUCAAACUCUGCGAUUUUGGGGUCAGCGGACAACUGAUUGACUCCAUGGCCAAUUCCUUUGUCGGUACACGAUCUUACAUGUCGCCAGAGAGACUGCAAGGGACUCACUACUCGGUGCAGUCAGACAUCUGGAGCAUGGGGCUCUCCCUGGUCGAGAUGGCCAUCGGCAGGUACCCCAUCCCUCCACCCGAUGCCAAGGAGCUGGAGCUGAUGUUUGGCUGUCCCGUUGGGGCAGACUAUCCUGUCUCAGAGACAUCUCCCCGGCAGAGAACAGCAGGCCGGCCCAUGAGCGCCUAUGGUUCCGACAGCCGACCACCUAUGGCCAUCUUUGAGCUCCUUGACUACAUUGUCAAUGAGCCCCCUCCAAAGCUGCCAAGCAGAGUCUUCACUCCAGAAUUCCAAGACUUUGUGAACAAAUGCUUGAUCAAGAAUCCGGCUGAGAGAGCAGAUCUAAAACAGCUUAUGGUCCACAUUUUCAUUAAAAGAUCAGAAACGGAAGAGGUGGACUUUGCAGGCUGGCUGUGCUCCACCAUUGGCCUUAACCAGCCCAGCACCCCAACCCAUGUUGGCGGACUCUGAGCUGCUCACUCGUCAUGGUACAAAGACUCCGCCGGCUGCUGCUGCUAUGCAACUUCCAUUCCACAGGGGAGACUGACUUGGAACCGCUCACUCCAGACCCAUCGACGCGCAUCGGGGUUGGGGAACAGGGCAUGUGGCCCAUUGGUGUUCCCAGCCACCUCCCACUGUUUAAAGCCAUGCUGUUCUGGUUGCCCCCCUCUUUUUU